GACAUAAUAGUGAUAAAAGUGAGAGUUAAAUGGGAAGAGCACCUUGUUGUGACAAAAGCAAGGUAAAGAGGGGGCCAUGGUCUCCUGAGGAAGACACCACUCUCAGAAACUAUGUUCAGAAGCAUGGCACUACUGGAAGCUGGAUUUCUUUGCCUCAAAAAGCAGGGCUGAAGCGAUGCGGCAAGAGCUGUCGGCUGAGAUGGCUUAAUUACCUUAGGCCCAACAUCAAGCACGGCGGCUUCACUCACGAAGAAGAUACCAUCAUUCUUACACUCUAUCAUACCAUUGGAAGCAGGUGGUCUGUGAUAGCUUCACAGCUUCCAGGGAGAACAGACAACGACGUCAAGAACUAUUGGAACACCAAGUUAAAAAAGAAGCUAUUGGCUGCCAAUCAUCCGACCGCCGCCACAACAACAAUGGGGAGCAUUAACUCAAAGAUCGACAACAUGUUGCCAUAUUUCCCAGUUGAUACGGAAAUUCUAGACUCUCCGUUCCUACUUCCCGGACUCAACGAAGCACCGGAUUCUGCGCCACUUCCUUCAGCUCCAGCGAGCCUUUCAAACAUUCAUGUAAAUGGAUCAUCCGAAGACGACUCGUUUCUUGUUGAAUUAAUGCCCUAUGAUGCCUUCGAUUUCCAAGACAAAUUUAACUAUCAACUUAACUAUCUCGAGCCGAUGUAUCAAAGUUAUACUAUGUGAAGUUGAAGAAGAGAGGAGUGAUGUUAAUGCAUUCAAUAAAUAAUUUAGUGGUAAUGGAUAUAUAUGUUCAAGGUA